AGGAGCUAACCAAGUUCUUCUUCGACCCGAUGCGAUUCGUAGACGCGGGCCCGAGUUCUGACGAUGGCUCAGCACCGACGGACGAGUCGUCUCUGCCAUAUUCUGUUGGAAGUCGUCGCGAAAACGCUUGCGAGCGGCUGCGCGAGAAGGCGCUGGACCACGCGUGGGCGAGACGGAUAUCGACCCCAGGUGUACCAUCGUUCGCUUCGCUUCACACCCAGACGUCAUCAUCGCCAUCUGACUCGGGUGCGAGAGACGAUGGCGAGGAAGCGCUGGCGACGUGCUUCUUGCUCAGGUUCCUCGAGCAUCCGACGUACUGCGAGCUGCACGACGUUCAAUGGAGACCCGAUAGAGCCUCGGAGAGGGACGUAUGGUCUUCGGCGUUCGUCUCGCAUUUACGUCAGCAAAGGAUGAACAACGCAUCUACUUCUGGGCUAUCGACGGGCUCUCCUAAGGAAGGCCAGGCCUCGAGAUCGUCGACGUUACGGUGGUCAGUUCACAUUAUGCGAGAAGCCGUCACCUGCGCUGCCUACGACAACGCGUGUCAAUACACACUCCAAGAUGAGGUCAUGCUUGCUGGACCGCCGCCACCACUGCCCGAAGAGGUUCUUGCGGAGGCAAAUACGCCCGAUGGAGGGCAGUGGUGGGAUACUCAGAUGUUCUACACCCUUGUCCGACCUUACACAUAUGGUAUGACCCAGGUCGCUUUCAACAGUUUUGACUGGAGUGCCCGCCGCCGCGCCUCCCUCCCCUUCUCCCUUCCUCGUCUGCGUGCACACAUGGCCGCCCUAAAAACUUUGCACACCCUCCUCGCGCUCGCACACACCCGCUUCGCCGUCGCAUUCGGUGCCGAAGCCACUUCGAUCCGUCUCUCCGCGCGUGCCUCGUUUGGCGGGCUGCACACGCGACAUGGCACCGCGUCUGCGAACGCAAAGGCACAACACCGUCAGGACAACGCUCGUGAGGCAGAGCAAGCGGACAGGGACGCAGCACGAGCGGUUCUCGGUGCGAUGGAGAGUGCGAUGGCGCAUGUGAACAUCCCGAUAUGGGUGGAUGUUGAGGCGCGGUUGGCCGCUGCUACUGCGGCAGACCAAGAAGGAGACGAUGUGGUCAUGCUGCGAAAGGUUAUGAACGGACUGCGGCGGGCGUUGCUGCCGUAUGUGGUGCGCAUGUUGGGCCAGGGGGCAGGCGUUGGCGAUGGGGGGUUCGUCGAGAGUAACGUAAGUCUCGCGGCGCUAACACAGCUCGGCGACGAGCCGGCCAAGUUCUGGACAUGGGUAAUCCUUUCUUCAAUUCCGGUAGAGAACGGUGGAGAAGGCAUCACGCGUGCCCAGAAGCUGCACACACUAGAAUCCGUCUAUAAGAUCUACAAAGUGAUCUCGUGGGCCUGGCCGCGCGUACUCAAGACCGACACGGCAAUCCGCGUCAAGACCGCAUUGGAGAUGCUCAGGCUCGAACACAUGUUUGACGAGAUCUACGGUCCGACGUCCUGUGGCGUCUCUGACCCAAUGACCGGUGCUAGCACCCCAGAUACCGAAAGCGAUCAGGCAGGCUCCCAUUCCUCUUCAUCUCCGUCUGCGAGUGGAUCGUCGGGAUCGUCGCAAUGGCAUACCUCUGAAUCCGCUUCCUCCAUUCUCGACCUGCCAGAUGUCGAAGCUGUCUUACGCUCAACGGGUAUACUGGAUGAGCCACUGACCCCGUCACGCCGUAGUCCUAUAUUCAUGAACACGAGGAACAACUUGAGCUUGAGGGGAGCAGGGAGUGAGGUCGCUGGCUUCUUGACUUCAGGCUUGACAUCGACGCCGAUGGAUCUGCCGAUGACGGAUCCAGGUGGCGUCUCUCUCGACUUGAUGACUCCGUAUCUCACAAAGAAUGCGGUCCAAGUUCCUUCCAUGUUGACUGUCACAUUACCCGAGACAUGUCAGGACCGGUCAAAUUUGUCGUACGACGCGCACGGUGCGGCGUUGGAGCAGUUACGGGGGACAAUGCAGGCGCUCGAGUGACCCCUUGCCC